UUUCACCAUUAUCCAUUUACCCGCCAGUAUCGUCGCACAGACUCUAUGAGCGCCACACUCUAGCCUGGUGAAUCAUAGUUCUGGUGAAAUUGGUUGGUUUGAAAAGUUUACAAAAAAUGGCCUACAAAUCCUCAAAAACGGUUACAUCCUACUCUAGUCAGAAAACUACACGAAGUAUUGAAACCACGAAGAUUGUUUCCAAAACACAAACAUCAUCAUCGGGUUUGGUAAGUUCGUAUAGACCCACAGCGACUGCGGACAGAGCAACCAGCUCAGCGGCAUCGUCGGUAAAUAAAACGUAUCAGCCUGUGUACGAUCAGACACGCCGGCUAGCUGAGAGUGGUAUUUCAACCAGGAACAGUCCAGCGUAUAGUUCCCUUCGAGGAGUGCCUACAACAUCAUUCAGCCAAAAUGCUCUAUCAAAAGCGGGAGGAAAUCUUUUCUACUCAUUCGGAAACUCUAAGGACAACAAUCGGUCCACGUCAUUGGUAAAUAAUGAGCGAACCGGAGAAGUUCCUGUUCCUACUUGGAAGAGUUCCACUACUGUUGCUCCUACUAGUGCUCCCGUCGUUGGUACAUCCCGUCAAUUCCGAAGCGCAAGCGUUCCUGUACUUUCAAGAUCCACCAAUUCUACACUUGAGAAGUAUGAUCUUCGGAAACCCGCUUACGUUGUGAUAUUCCACCAUUUGUUCAAAAAUGAUAAAGCAUUGUUCCGGAAGGGUAGUGAACAUGAUCUCAAAUUGAUAAAAGACUUUUUCAAAAAGUACAAUGCGAAGAUUUCCGAUAUUUGCGAGGAUUUUUCCGUGGCGAAGGUGAAGAAAAAGAUGAGCGAAGUGCGCACAAAAAAUCUUUCCAACUACUCAUGCCUGAUCGUUGUCAUAAUGAGCCAUGGAGGAUUGAACGAUAAGAUUCAAACAGUAGACGGAUUUUAUCAACUGGAUAAUGCCGUAGUUGAACCAACGCUGAUGAACGAUACACUGAAGGGCAAGCCAAGGCUCUUUUUCGUACAAGCCUGCAAGGGUGACGCAGUGAUGGAAGCUGACGUUACUCAAACAGCCACUAACAAGUUCGACAUUUUAAAAUGCUUCAGCACUUAUGAAGGUACACUAUCAUAUAGGAAUUCGAUGACCGGUAGCACCUUCAUUCAAACAUUGUUUGAACUUAUAAGGCAACAUUCGGAUAAAGAAAUCAUCGACAUUAUGCGACUGAUGCGAAACGAGUUUGACAAAAACAAAGUGGGUCAAGCUCCUACAGAAACAUCUACACUAACAAAGCAGUUCUUUUUCGAUGAUCUCAAGAAAUCGUAAUGGAAAUAAUGUUGGCAAAAAUAAACAAACAUGAAGUUCCUGCUUGUCGGAAGAAAUAUUACAGCAUACUACCGUGCUGAUUGUUUGAAAAUUCACUACCACCACUACUACUAUUGAAACACUACUACUGCUACCAGCACUCCAACAUCACACAAAAUGCCACAUUACCUUGUUGCCAUGAAUGUUGAAAUAAAAGUUUCCAUAAACAA